AGUGCUGCCAAUCAGUGCCACCUAUCAGUGCCAGUCAGUGCCGCCUAUCAGUGCCAUCAGUGCCACCUAACAGUGCCAGUCAGUGCCGCCUAUCAGUGCCACCUAACAGUGCUGCCUAUCAGUGUCAUAUAUGAGUGCUGCCUUUCAGUGCCCAUCAGUGAUGCCUGUCAAUGCCCAUCCGUGCCACUACUAGUGCCUCCUCAUCAGUGCCCAUCAGUGCAGCCUAUCAGUGUCCAUCACUGCAGCAUCAUUAGCGCACAUCAGUGAAGGAGAAAAAUCACUUAUUUAAAAAAUUUUAUAA